ACUCUAGCCCGGGUAACAUGCCCAUCGUUUUCUGAUCUCCUAAACAUAGGGCAGAACGCUAGUUCCCUGUGUCCUCCAACAUUGAUGGCUCGCUUUCUUCGUCGCAGUUUCAAAAAGAAGAAAGCAGAGGUGGAGGUAGAAGAUUGGGAGCCGCAUUCCGUUCGAUACAAACCCGACGGCAUCGAUCAAUUGUCCAAGACGACCAAGUUCAGCCGGAAGGAGCUUCAACUCAUGUACCGCAGCUUCAAGCAGGAGUGUCCAACGGGGGUGGUGGACGAAGACAAGUUCAAAGCCAUCUAUUCCCAGUUCUUCCCACAAGGAGAUGCUUCCCAAUACGCUCAUUACGUGUUCAACGCAUUUGAUACGGAACACACCGGCUCCAUCAGCUUCGAGGAGUUCGUGGAGGGGCUAUCCAUCCUGUCUCGAGGCAGCGUUCAAGACAAACUUCAAUGGGCCUUCCAAUUGUACGACAUCGACGGGGACGGGCUCCUCACGAGGAACGAGAUGGAGGAGAUCGUCACUUCCGUCUACAAUCUCCUCGGGCGACACACUCAGCCCUGCGUCGAUGAGAAUUCCGCCAGGCAACAUGUCGAUCGCAUCUUCGAGGGGUGUGGGUCAGCAGGAGUGUGGGUCAGCAGGGGUGUGGGUCAGCAGGGGUGUGGGUCAGCAGGGGUGUGGGUCAGCAGGGGUGUGGGUAGGAAGAAGGGAAGGGAAGGGUUCGAGUUGGGGAAGAAGACGCCAAUUGUCUAG